CGAAACGCGUAGCAUCGCUACGAUUUAGAUUUUAUUUUAAUCUAUUUUAGAGUUAAUUAAUUAUAAAAUAGGACAAAUAAAUGUAAGUGGAUAUAAUGGAAGCUGCAAUAAACUAUGGUUUAUGUCGGUGUUGUGCGUCAGAAGGUAGUUUUAAAGACUUAGAAAAGACGUACGACUGGUUGGGCACCGAAGAAGUUUAUGCGAAUAUGCUAAAAGAUUGUUUCGAUAUCUCUCUCUCAAAACAAGACAGUUUUAACAAUGGUGGGAUAUGUGAGGUGUGUAUUACGCAGCUACGUAACGCAAGUAAUUUUAAGAAACAAGUGCAGCAGACUGAGCAGCAGUUCUUAAAGAAGAUUGAAGAUAAUGGUUACCAAACAAGCAUUAUUAAAGUUGAGGUAGCAAGGCCGGAUGAUGAUGAUCAUGAUUUAUUUGAUGAUGGGAACCUGUCUGAUGGCUUCUCCAGUCCAGAAUACGAUAUACCAUUAACAAAGAUUAAAGUAGAAAAGUUAAAUGAAACAAAACCUAAAAAGAGAGCAGCAAAGCCGUCCACAUCAAAGGCAAAGAAGUUGAAAAAAGAGGCUGGCGAGCCAUCGGCGAAACGUGCUGGGCGCACGAUCAAUAUAGUGUUAAAGCCUCCAGCUAACAAAGGAGUUAACAGAGGAGCUAUUGCAGGAGACCAAUCACCACUUGCGAAACAUCGUUAUAACGUUCUCGAAAUUUUGAUGAAUACUAAUGCCACGCCGAUCCGCGGUCACUCGGAUCUCGGGUACCUCUGUAGCUACUGUCCCAGUAAUUUCAUGAACGCCGGAUACCUAAAAACACAUUCGCUCGAAAAACACAGCGAAGCGACCAAACUAGAAUUCAUCGAGCGUUUCGAACUCCGCAAAUACAAUAUGAAAGUCGACGUCACGGGACUCGAAUGUAAACUUUGCACCUGGAACGCGGAAAAUUUAGACGCGAUGAUAGAACAUCUGAACAACCUCCACGGUAGGAAAUUACACACGGAUAUAAAGAAUCGAAUACUGCCGGUCACGUUCGAGGGCGAAAAGCUGAGUUGCUUCGUGUGCGGCAACAUUUAUCUCAAGUUAAAGUCGUACAUGCAGCACAUGCACACGCACUACAGAAAUUAUAUUUGCGAAGUGUGCAACGCGGGCUACAUGAACAUCACCGACCUCAAACGACACGCGGCCGCCGCCCACGUCACCGGUGCGGUCAAGUGCGGCCUGUGCGACAAGGAGUUUAAGACGCUCAACAAGAGGAAGUACCACGAGAAACUCGUCCACAACAGGUUCUGCCACAAAUGUGGGUACUGCCAGGAGAUGUUCAACUGCUACAGAAAGAAGGAGAAGCAUCUCUACGAGGCCCACGGCGUGUCGCCCCCGAUGAUCAAAUGCCAGGUCUGCGACCAGAGCUUCGUAGGCCAAAGGAGAUUAACGACGCACGUGAAGAAGGUGCACCUGAUGGACAAACCGCACAAGUGUACGGAGUGCGAGAAGACGUUUUUCACGAAGGCGGAGCUGCAGAACCACCACGUGAAACACACGGGGUUGCGACAGUUUCUAUGCGACUACUGUCUCAAGACGUUCCCUCGGAAGAAGUCGUUGCGGGAGCAUGUUAAAAUCCACAAGGACGACAGGCGCUUCAAAUGUGAACAUUGCGGCCUAGCGUUCAUACAGAAGUGUAGUUGGCGGUCGCAUAUGCGAUCCAAACAUGACGAAGAAGUUUAAAUUUAUUAUUAUUUACAUUGUGGGGACAGAUUACUCGCUAAUCGCUAUACUCUUACUGUAAAGCAGACUCCGCGUGUCAAAUAAAUUUCUUUCGGCCGGUUACUGAAGAUUUUUGGCUCGAGUUUAACUAUUUACUAGUGGUUUUGAUUGGCUAACGCUUAAAACGCUAAAGCAUUAUUAAACGUUAGACGAAAUAAAAACGCUCCUAAAUUAUACAUCAACAAGUGUCAAAAACGUCAGUGUGCGUAAUGCGUGCGUUAAAACGCGCACGCUUCUCGCAACAUUUUUGGUAUUUGGCAUUUUGGCAUUUAUGGUAUUAAUCUGU